AUGAGGUCCUUAAUUCACCCUUUAUUCGUUUUCGUUUUGGUAAAAUCUACCGUAUCAUCAAAUUCUGAUCUCAUUACGGCCGUCACCGAUUUGAUACACUGUCUAAAAUUCCCCGUGCACGUAUCAGUUCUAUCAUGUUGGACCGAAGAAGAAAAGUUGCAAUUUUGGAAAGGAAUAGGCGGGACAACUGCUGUGCAAUUCCCAAUCGCCGAUCAAAGAAAACUCCCUUGGAACGAUCGCAAUCAACAUCAGUACCUUCUGGUUAUCGAUGCCAGUUGUCCAAGAUCAAAACAGUUGUUGCGAUCUGCUGGUCAACUUCUUUACUAUCGGGUCAAGUGGAUUGUAAUAAAUCAGAAAAAAUCAAAUUGUGGGAAAUUUACAAAAUAUUUUGAAGAACUUCCGGUUUAUAUAAGCAACGAAAUCUACUACGUCUGUGAAGAAAAUGGUGCUCGAGGCUACACCAUCAAACAAGUCUUUCGACACUCUCUUGCAACUGGAUUGAUCGAUGAAACCUUCGGAUACUGGAAUCGUGGUAUAAUCAUCAAGCUUCAAAACAGCACUUCUGCAGCUGUGCGUCGCCGAAACCUCAAUCAUUUCAAGUUGCGUGCUUCGAUCGUGAUCACCCACAAUGAGACUUUGAAGCAUCUGGAGGACUACCGCGAAAAGCACGUGGACACAAUUACCAAGAAAAACUACUUUCUUACGAAAUACUUAAUCCAAGAUUUAAAUGCCACCAUACAGUUCAGUUUUGUAAACUCGUGGGGAUAUCGCAAUAAGGAAACGGGUAAAUUUAGCGGAAUGAUCGGCGAACUGCAAAACAAUCAGGCCGAUCUUGGCGGUACGGCACUGUUCCUGACAGCGGAUCGGAUAAAGGAAAUCGAUUACCUGUCGAUGACCACUCCGACGCGCGCCAAGUUCAUUUUUCGCUCGCCGAAACUCUCCUUCACGGAUAACGUUUUCCUGUUACCAUUCAGUGGGACUGUUUGGCUGUGCAUCAUCAGUUACAUCGUCCUUUCGGCGAUCCUUCUGUUAACCAUCAUGAAGGUCGAGCUGCGGUGCACCAAUGUUCGCUACGGAAAUACGGAUUCUCGGUUGAAUCUAAUGGAUACCGUGCUCAACAUGUUCGGAACUUCGUGCCAGCAGGGUUCUUAUCUGGAACCGAAAUCACUUCCGGCCAAGUGUUUGAUCUUGUUGAGUCUGAUAAUUCUGAUGUUCUUGUACGCCAGCUAUUCGGCAAACAUUGUCGCGUUGAUCCAAUCGCCGUCGAACAAGAUUCGGACAUUGGAGGAUUUGUUGAACUCGCGAUUGGAGACCGGAGCCGAAGAUACGGUUUAUAACAAGUACUAUUUUAUGCAUGAAACGGAACCUGUGAGGAGAGCGAUCUACGAGCACAAAAUGAAAACUCGUGAUGGAAGUGGUUCUAAAUUUAUUACGCUGGACAAGGGUGUUGAGAAAGUGCGACGAGGAUUGUACGCAUUCCAUGUGGAGUUGGGAGUAUGUUACAAGCUCAUCAGCGAAACCUACCAAGAGGACGAAAAAUGCGGCCUACAAGAGAUCGAAUACCUGAACAUCAUUGACCCGUACUACGCCGUGCGAAAGAAUUCCUCUUUCCGGGAGCUGGUGCGACUCAGCUUGUUUAAGUUGCGCGAGUUUGGCAUCCAGGGCCGGGAGCACUCAAUGCUUUACACCAGAAAACCGACCUGCAGCGGAGGCAGCAGUUUCAUUCCGGUGUCAAUGGUUGACGUACGGCCUGCGCUGACCCUGCUGGCGUGGGGAUUUGGAAUCGCCGGAGGGCUGUUAGUAGCGGAAACUGUUUGGACACGGAUCAGAAAGAGGAAUAUUCAGCUGGAUUUGGUAAGUGGGGCAAUCUUCAAAUGAAAACAAGUUUUGGGUACAUAAUUUACAUUUUUGUAUUUAGUUUGAUUCCCUAAAACGAAUCUAUUGAAUUCAAUUUCGUGACAAUUUAUAUAAAAGACAUUUUAGCUCGCGUAGCGACUUGUUUUGAUUUUCGGCACUUGCAUCAAUAGGAUUAUUUCUAGACACAGUCUUGCAUUGCUUACACUUAUGAGACAUCAAAAUAAAGUGAGACGAAUAAAAACAUCAAAUCAAUGGUUUAAAACUUAAUGAAAAU